UCCCUCUUAUCAACAAAUUAAUUAAGAAGAGGUUAGAAUCUGCAUUCAAACUAAUGUUUUUAGUGUAUAUCUGUAUAUCUUAUUCAUACUUGACUUGGUAAAGAAAACUUAGGGGUUGUUUGGAAGUUGUGAUUCUUCAAAUUGAUGUAUUGGGUCAAUUAGUGUAUUAUCAUUUGAUGUAUUGAAUCAAUUGAUGUAUUAGACAAAUACUUUGUUUGGAGGUUUAGAUUGUGUUUUUGUUGUAAAGGCAUAAAAGUUAAUUUGAGUGAUUGUGAACAAUCUCUACAAAAAGUAGAGAUUCACAAUCCCUCAAUUUUGAGUGAUUGUGGUGGGGCCUCCAAAAAGUGAAUGCAUGUAUUCUAGUUCAAUAUAACCUAAAAAAACGACUUAAUCUCACAAAUAUAUGAAUUAGCUCCAUACACCAUUUGAAAUCACAACUUCCGAAUGACCCCUUACUUAUCCUCAAGCGGAUUUCAAAUUGUUAUUGGUCUCUCCCUAGUCCCUCCUAUGCAAACAACGAAAUUUUAGAAGAAAAUGAAAGAAAGUAGUCAUUUUGAAAGAACACAAAAGUUACCUCACCAUUUCAAUAAUUGAAGGCCGGAAACAAGAAAGUGAAGAAACAGAGCAGCACACUAAUGGCACGCAAUUCAAGUUGGUGAACGGCUUCAAACUUCGAAGGCAUAGAGAAAGAAGAAACCUUCUCUAAAGCCUUUGUUCCAACCGCCCGGCGAAUUCCAAUCCAAAUCUGCAGUUCAUUCUCCGGCCAUGGAAGACUACAACACCCACCAAUCUCCUCCUCCUCCGUACGAUCUCAUAAUCCUCGGAGCGUCCGGAUUCACCGGCAAGUACGUUGUAAGAGAAGCGCUCAAGUUCCUCAAUUCCCCAUCUUCCCCUCUCAAAUCCUUCGCCAUCGCCGGCCGAAAUCCUUCCAAGCUCUCCGAAGCCCUCAAAUGGGCCGCCCAUCCCAACUCUCCACCUCCCUCCAUCCCGAUCCUCUCCGCCGACACCACCGACCCUGCUUCCCUUCGCCUGCUCUGCUCCCAAACCAGGCUGCUCCUCAACUGCGUCGGUCCAUUUCGUCUCUACGGCGACCCUGUCGUUGCCGCCUGCAGCCAGACCGGCUGCGAUUACUUGGAUAUCUGCGGGGAGCCGGAGUUUAUGGAGAGAAUGGAAGUCAAUUACCAUGACCAGGCGGUCGAGAAGGGCUCUCUGAUCGUUUCGGCUUGUGGGUUCGAUUCGAUUCCGGCUGAAUUGGGGUGGAUGUUUAACUCCAAGCAGUGGCCUUCCGCUGCUGUUCCGAACCAGAUUGAGGCUUACUUGAGCUUGGAGUCGGACAAAACCAUUGUGGGCAAUUUCGGAACUUAUGAAUCGGCGGUCCUGGGUGUUGCCAACAUGGACAAAUUGCAAGAGCUGAGAAGAUCCAGACCCAAAAGGCCUAGGCCAACGAUUCCUGGACCCUAUCCUCCUAAAGGGCCAAUCAUAGAUCACCAAAAGGAGUUCGGUCUUUGGGCUAUAAAGUUGCCGUCAGCUGACUCUAUUGUGGUAAGAAGAACGCUCUCAACGCUAGCACAACAUCCCCACGGUCUUCUAGGAGUCAAUGAGACCGGCGAGCAGAUCGAAAAAAGGGAGAAAUUCUGGUAUGCAAUGAAGCCAGCUCAUUUUGGGGUGAAGCUGGGAUCCAAGAGCCUGUUGGGCAUCUUUCGAGUCAUCGCUCUAGGCGUGUUCAUGGGGCUCUUGUGUAGAAGCUCCAUUGGUAGGUGGCUGCUCCUAAAGUUCCCGUCAUUCUUCAGCCUUGGAUGGUUCAAGAAGAAGGGUCCUUCAGAGGAUGAAGUUGAGAGUGCUUCAUUCAAGAUGUGGUUUGUUGGACGCGGUUACAGCGACCUGAGUCAAGCCUCAGCUGGGGACAAGAAGAAGAAGCCCGAUGCAGAGAUCAUAACGAGGGUGAUGGGACCUGAGAUUGGCUACUUGACGACGCCUAUUGUGUUGCUCCAAUGUGCUCUUAUUGUUCUGGGUCAACGUGACAGUCUCCCCAAAGGAGGAGUUCUCACUCCCGGGAUUGUGUUUGGUUCGACGGAUCUUCAAGAACGGCUCCAGCAAAAUGGGAUUUCAUUUGAUGUCAUUUCGAGGAAAAAUGUUCCUACUUAGUGGCUGGAGGCUCCCAAUCAUAUCGAAGUAAGACAUGAUGAUCUAUCACCAAUAAUUGUGAAGCUAACCGCUUGAGUAUUGAGUCAACAAAGGGGCCGAAGAUUGAUCCAGGGUUUUCCAAUUCCAGGUUGAGAGAGAUUGCAAUAUUAGGAGUGUUUUAGUGUUCAUCUCUGUUCCCGAUUUCCAGCUCUGUUUGUAUUAACUUUGAUACCACUUUCAUGAUUCAUGGAUUAGAAGGUGGAGAAAGCUGACCCGACCUAUCAAUUCGAGCCCAACUUAAUCUGUCCUAACUCCAAAGUGGCUGGUUCAAGUCUCAACCCUAAUCUCAUGGUAGAUCAUAACGAGUCAGGGGUCAACAUAUGUUGAAUCGUGUCAAGUUAGUGGUCAAGACAAAUCAUGGUAUUUGGUUCAUAGAGUUAUGUUGAAUCGGUCCAAUUUGGAUUUUAACAUAUUGGUUUUGGAUGAUCAUAGUCCAAAUCCUUCAAUAAUAUACGAUAGUUUUUUUUUUAUCUACUUUUGUUCAUUUCAAAAUUUGCAAUAUUUUUUCAAUUAAAGUGAUAGAGUAAUUAAACAUCUAAAAACUUAGACUACUUAUCUAUAGCAAUAGUUAGCAUAUCAAGUAACAAAUUCAUUUCAAAAUUUGCUAUAUUUUUUCAAUUACAGUGAUAAAGUAAUUAAGUAUCUCAAAACUUGGAGGACUUAUCUAUAUCAAUAGGUAGCAUUUCAAGUAACCAAUAACUUUAUGUUCUACAAAACGCUUCAUCUUGAUAUACUUGACUAAUAAACUCGACAAAGUGAUUUUAUCUAAUCACAAAGAUAUUCAUCACAAAUUUUGAGUUUAAAUGUUAAUGAGAAUUGCUAAAUUGAUUACGUUACAUGAUUUGUGGAAAUACAAAGAUUAGCUUCAACAGAGGUGUAAAUAUUCAUAUUUUAAAACACAAAAUUUGACAUUUAGUGGUCUAACUACGAUCUCGAAUGGAUUCUAUGAGUAUAAGAGAAUGCGAUAGUUUGUAAGGAAAAUUUUUCAAUGUUAGAAGUGAAUGAAAAUUACUUACUUAUAAUUGCACUAAUGGUUGAGAAUCAUAAGCAUAGAGUUAGAAAACUAAAUAUCAUUGGCCAAUGAAUCAAACAUCAUUUGCUAAUAUUUGAAUUUAACAAUCAAUGGUAUAUAUGCAAAGAAUACUAUGGUACCCUCGAUGAAUUUGAGGUUAUCGGGUACCCUUAUUAACUAUACCAGUAAAGUAAUGGGAUCUAGAGCAUGAUUAAAUAAUAAUUCAGUGUACUAUACCCUGAUUUGAGUAUCUAAAUCCUAUACCUUGUUUCUCUAAACUCUAAUAUUGUGGAUAUGGGACGUUGGAUAUAUCUCGACAAAUGAGAAUCACCGAACAUUAUUUUUAUAAUAUUUGAUCAUAGGGUUUAAAGUUUAUAGAAUUAGGGUAUGAAUUUACUUAUGUGAGUUUAGGUUUAGGUACUCACUAUUUCAAGGAUUUGGGUUGAAGAUUACAGAAUUAGGGUAUAGAAUUACACAGUGAUAUUGUAUCUUGACUAGAAACUCUCUGAAUGUUUUAAAUGAAAUUAACAACCAUCAUUUGUUUAGGGUUAGAUGAAGCAUUGUAAGAGAUAAUUGAUGCAUAUUAUAUAAGGUAACAAACCGAGCAUCUUGGUUCAUGAAUCUUUGACACAAUGUCCUCAAGGAUGGUCUGUAGGAUAUUGUGCCAACAUUAGAUAAUUGAUCCAUCAUUAGUUGGUAUGAUAAAUGUUGGGAACUUUU